GCGAUACACGGCCUGCUAUGCACCUGUAUUUGGAACUUGGACAUGGUUUGGAAAUCUCGAAGCAAGGACACUCGAAAGCACUCGGUUCGCGGGAGGAUGAAAGGAUACCGCGGUCAGGGCACAGCCUCCCAUUGAUGUGUCAUCUAGUGUGACCAUUUCCGACUUCCAAAAGCUCGAACAAGGGUGGUAAAUAUCGAUUGGAGGAGGAUACGGAGAAGAAAUGGUGUGAAGAGUCCAAAUGAUAGACAUCUAUGUGAGAAUACGUCUGUGAGUUUGGCUGGUGUCUGGAAUGUUGCCUGGAAAACAUUCCGCCGCCCCCAAUCGGAGAAAGGCAAAACGGAACAGCCCGAGAGUGGAGGCAGCCAAUCCGCACGCAAAAGCAACCCGAGCAAGAAGAAUCUGCAAGCCCGAGGCAGCCCGAGCGUAAGCGAGAGAGCGAAUAGGAUGCGGCGGUUGGGAGACCACAAGCAGCUGAGGAGCAAAGCAGACUUGAGGUAGACAGUGAUUGAAUGAAAAGGAAUUCGAGGUAGCCAAAGCGUGAUGAGAUGCAUCUUAUCUAAUCUAAUCUAAAUUGACUACAACUGGGCUCCUACUGGCGGACGCCCAUCUCUUGUUUUCAUUCGUACACUGAGCUCUUCCGAAGCAUGAUAUCUCAUAUCUAGAAUGUCAGAUCGUAAGAGGACAUAUUCCUUCAGUCUGUCCAAUGACGAGCUGUCUAUUACUUCAUGUUGUACCGCGUGCGAUUCAUCCGAAAGACCCACCGGCAGUCAUGUGAUCGUGUCUCCUCUGUCUGUCAGUGUCAACAGUCACUCUCCAGUUCUUGUGCUGAGUGCUUACCGCUUGUUUACGUAUGCCAUCGUAUGGUCCUCGUAAACAUCAAGCUUCCAGAUGUCCUGCAUGCGAAUCUCUUACCCUAACAAACGAACACCAUGUGGGCCCCCUCCCGUUUUCACAAGAGCUUCUGGUCAGCAGACACGCGUUGUCGCGAUUGGGCACGGACGGGCUUUCGCGGUGAGGCCCUCGGUGCGAUGCACCGCGGACGAGAACUCGAGCCCAGUACCCUUUGGGACGACGCGGGCUUGCGAUGCAGUGUGUCCAGGCCCCCCCUUAGUUUGCGGUGAAUGGACGCUUCCUUUGCGCGGACAGAACGCCGCUCUAACGCACUAUGGCGUAGCAUCACCUGCAGCAAACGUGCGCUCGUCAACUUCAGCCCCUUCUCACCUCUAGCACGUAUAAAAGCUAUGUGAAGAAGCACCGGGAAGCUGCAUAGCAGCAUGCGUCUCGUCUGGUGGUAUUCGGUGGUGGCUUGGGGCGCUGCGCUCGCCGGCGCGACAUUCCACCGCAACUUGGUGUACCACUCUCCGUUCGAAGAUUAUCCGGAGCUUUCGCACGACUUUGACCAGCUCACUGCGCGUCAAAGCCAACAUGCGCGCCGGCAGAUGACCGGCGCCGCGGCGUUCAAAGACAAUGAAUAUCCUACCUUCUACGGCUCGGAUUUCAGCAAUGCCCCCUUCAUCUGGACCGGGGGAAUCAAUUUCACGCAUUCAGUCGCCAGCGGAGAUCCAUUUGACACGUCCGUGCUCAUCUGGACGCGCGCAUUUCCUCUAGGCGCGGGGCCAGACCAGAGCGUCCCCGUCUGCGUUUCAUACAAAGUCUUCACGUCGUCCGCUCUCUCCGGCAAACCCGUGUCUACCGGCGAGGGGUUCACCACGUGGGAUGUCGAUUUCACUCUGAAGUUCGAAGUGACGGACCUGAAGCCCGACAGCGUCUACUUUUACGUCUUUGCCGACUGCACGAACGCAGAGACUGUCAGCCCGACAGGAAGGACACGGACGCUGCCGAGUCCCAACACUCCGGCAUCGGCCGUGAAUGGUGGCAAGCCCUUGACCCUGGCCGUUUUCUCCUGCUCGCAGUUCCAGGCGGGAUGGUUUAAUGCCUAUGGCUACGCUGCACACAACACGAGCGCGGAGAUAUUCGUCCAUCUAGGGGACUACAUCUACGAAUCUCUGGGAAACGGCGCACACAUCGGCCGUCAAGUGCAAGUCGCUCGCGCUUGGCAUCUCGGCCGCGAACUGGCUACGAUCCACGACUACCGCCAGCGCCUGGGGCAGUACCGCACCGAUGCCAGCCUCCUCGCCGCGCACCAGAACGCGCCGUGGAUCACCGUGUGGGACGACCACGAGGUCGCGGACAACUCGUGGAAAGCCGGCACCACGGACUCGAACGACACCGCGGCGGGCUGUUCGUUCUCGCCGUCCGGCGCAUGCUUCACGGACCGCAAACUGGCGGCGGUGCGCGCGUACCACGAGUGGCUGCCCGUGCGCCAGGUGUCUACGUUUGACAAGCUCAGGAUCUGGCGCAACUUCCAGAUCGGCAAGCUCCUCGACCUGACGAUGCUGGAUACUCGCCAAUACGAUCGGGAUGUGACUGAUGUGAACUACAACCACGAUCUGGUCGUGGCUUUGUCGACAGUCCAGAACCGAUCGUUGAUGGGUCCUGCGCAGGAGAAAUGGUUCUUUCAUACAUUGAGUGAAUCCCAAACCCGGGGCGCUGUCUGGCGCAUUGUAGGUCAGCAGAUAGUCUUCAGCCAGCUGGAUUAUCCCACGUUUGGUCUCGAUGUGGACGCAUGGGACGGAUACAAAGCCAAUCGCGAACGCGUGCUCCAGUACCUGGAGCGUCACAAAAUCAGCAACACAGUCAUCCUCUCAGGGGACAGCCAUGCGAACUGGGUCUCGGAACUGGCUCAUCCCAACGACACAGCCACGUACGACGCGAAGACGGGCAAAGGCGCGUUGGGCGUCGAAUUCGCCGGGACAGCGGUCACCUCGGGGUCGCCGUUUGGCGCGAACGUGCAGCCGGCAGUCGCCAAUGCGUUCAGCCAGCAGAUCCUCGCGGACCCGCUCAACGGAGACUUGCAGUGGACGGAAGGCAGUUUCCGAGGAUUCUUCACGCUGACGAUCGAUCCACGCGAGCUGAAUGCGACUUAUUACGCGAUGAACAACAUCUCCUUCGCGAAUCUGGACGGCUUCGCGAGUGCCGUUUUUACGGUCAAGGCCGGGGAGAACAAGUUGACCCGGCCCAUUGCAGGGGGAAAAGUGCUCGCUGGAGUAUUGCGUACUUGAUUACAGUACAUUCACAAAACACCAUUGCGUCAGCU